AGACAUAGUUACACACAAAAGAGUUUGUUUUUCGAAGAACUGGUUUGAUGGUUUCCUUUUCUUUCAUGUAAAGCCAAUUUUACUUUCAUCUUCAACCGAAUCUUUACUUUGUCGGCUUUUUUCUGAAAAUGGGUCUCCCUCAAAUCUAUCUGCAAAUGGUUGGUUAGUUCGAUCUACUGGCUGUAGAGAAAGCUCAGAGAUUUGGUUUGCUUAAACAAUGAAGUGUUUCGGGCUUCUCAUUCAUUUCAAGUAACUAGGUUGUACGAGACCAUGCUUGUGAUUUGAAGCCUAUGGCUUCUCAUAACUAGGGCGCACAAAGGACUUGAUACAUUGGGAUAGCAGGAAAUUUUAUAAAUAUGGAAAACGGGGAAGAUAGCACCAGGUUUCAGUCCUUAACGGCCACAACUUUAAGGAAUAUGUCAUCAUCAUCUUCUGCCUUCUUUUCAGCAAAUCAGUCGCCCUUCUUCUCGCCAAGAUCGCCAACGUGUCAUUUAUCAGAAUCAACACGGUCUGACAAUCCAUGUGACAGCAUUAAUUUAAGUGUUGAUCCUCCUAGCUGCAGCUCAGGAUAUCCAGAACCCGAGUCUCUAAAAAAUGUCAGAAUUACCUUUUCAAACAUUUCGGCAACCCAAGCUGCCCGUACUUUGGUUGAUUUCCAGAAGUUUGAUGGCAUAUCUUCCUCAGCUGGCAUUUCCAACAGCACCCCAUCUAGUUAUGGCCAUGACCAUGAAAAUGGUUAUUCUCGGCAUAGAGAGAAGCAGAGAAAGCAUGCAAGUAGCUACCCUAGCUCAUUUACUCCCGGUUCAGUCUCCCUUUCCUCCAAUAGAAUGAGGAGCUGCGACGUAUUCAUUGGUUUGCAUGGACGCAAACCUUAUUUACUGAGGUUUGCUAAUUGGCUCCGUGCAGAGAUGGAGGUUCAAGGGAUGAGCUGCUUUGUAUCUGAUAGAGCUCGAUGUAGGAACUCUCGCAAACAUGGAAUUGUUGAGAGGGCUAUGGAUGUCUCUUCUUUUGGAGUUAUAAUUCUGACAAGGAAGUCUUUCAGGAACCCAUUUACUAUUGAGGAACUGCGGUUUUUUUCAGGAAAGAAGAAUUUGGUCCCAAUAUUCUUUGACUUGAGUCCUGGUGAUUGCCUUGUCCGAGAUAUAAUUGAGAAGAGGGGAGAGCUAUGGGGAAAAUAUGGAGGAGAGCUAUGGGUGUUGUAUGGAGGGCUGGAGAAGGAGUGGAAAGAAGCUGUCUAUGGCCUCUCUCGGGUUGAUGAGUGGAAAUUAGAUGCUCAGGAUGGCAACUGGAGAGAAUGCAUACUGAGGACAAUCACACUACUGGCAACGAGGUUAGGAAGGAGAAGUGUUGUAGAGCGAUUGAAUAAGUGGAGAGAAAAGGUAGAAAAAGAGGAGUUCCCUUUCCCUCGAAAUGAGAAUUUCAUUGGUCGGAAGAAAGAACUUUCUGAGCUAGAAUUCAUUCUUUUUGGUGAUGUUACAGGAGAUUCAGAAAGAGACUAUUUUGAACUUAAAGCUAGACCCAGGCGAAAGAAUUUGACAAUUGGGUGGCCUAAGAGCAGUUUAUUGGAGGAAAGGCGCAGGGAAAGGCAAUUUGAGAGCGGCAGCAGAAAGGGAAAAGAACCAGUUGUGUGGAAGGAGUCAGAAAAAGAGAUUGAGAUGCAAGGUACUGGUCUUCCUCAAAGGCAACACCAACCGAGGUCAAAAGGUGGUGGAAGGUAUGCAAGGAGAAAAAGAUCGAUGAGGAUUUUGUAUGGGAAAGGGAUCGCUUGCGUGUCAGGAGAAUCAGGAAUUGGGAAGACAGACCUUCUUCUGGAAUUUGCUUACAGAUACCAACAAAGGUACAAGAUGAUUUUAUGGGUAGGUGGGGAAAGCAGGUAUAUUAGACAGAAUUAUCUGAACCUCUGGUCAUUUUUGGAAGUUGAUGUGGGGGUUGAAUAUUGCUCAGAGAAAAGCAGGAUAAAAGGCUUUGAAGAGCAGGAAGAGGCUGCCAUUUUUAGAGUUCGCAAAGAGCUUAUGAGAAACAUACCAUUUUUAGUGGUGAUUGAUAACUUAGAGAGCGAAAAGGAUUGGUGGGAUCAUAAACUGGUAAUGGAUCUUCUUCCUCGUUUUGGUGGAGAGACCCACAUAAUAAUCUCCACACGCCUUCCCCGUGUGAUGAACUUGGAACCGUUGAAACUCUCAUACUUAUCUGGCAUCGAGGCAAUGACUUUAAUGCAAGGAAGUGGCAAAGACUACCCAAUUGAGGAAAUAGAUGCACUUAGGGUUAUUGAGGAGAAAGUUGGCAGGUUAACUUUGGGGCUUGCAAUUACUGGUGCGAUACUGUCUGAGAUUCCUAUAACUCCAAGUAGGCUAUUGGAUACCAUUAAAAGAAUGCCCUUGAAGGACUUGUCAUGGAGCAGUAGGGAAGUACACUCGUUGAGGCAAAACACCUUCCUUCUGCAACUCUUUGAGGUAUGUUUCUCGAUAUUUGAUCACGCUGAUGGGCCAAUGAGCUUGGCAACCAGAAUGAUCCAGGCAAGUGGUUGGUUUGCUCCAGCUGCAAUUCCAGUUUCCCUGUUAGCCCAUGCUGCUCACAAGAUACCCAAAAAGCAUCAGGGGAACGGAUUCUGGAGGAAUUUACUGCAUUCCUUAACUUGUGGUUUGACUUCAUCAUACACCAAAAGAUCAGAAGCAGAAGCUUCUUCCAUGUUGUUGAGGUUCAAUAUUGCAAGAAGUAGUACCAAGCAAGAUUAUAUCCAUUUCAAUGAGCUCAUCAAGCUUUAUGCUCACAAAAGAGGAGUGAAUGGAGCUGCGCAAGCCAUGGUUCAAGCUGUAAUCAGUCAUGGGUCAAUAGCACAGCACUCUGAACAUAUGUGGGCGGCUUGUUUCUUGUUAUUUGGAUUUGGUCGCGAUCCUGUAGUUGUUGAGCCCAAGGUGUCCGAGUUGCUACAUCUUGUCAAAGAAGUGGUUUUGCCUCUCGCCAUCCGGACAUUCAUCACAUUCUCUCAAUGCAGUGCUGCUCUUGAACUUCUGCGGUUAUGUACUAAUGCUUUGGAAGCUGCAGACCAAGAACUUGUCACCCCAGUUGAGAAAUGGUUGGAUAAAUCACUUUGUUGGAGGUCCAUCCAGACUAAUGCUCAGUUGAAUCCUUGCCUUUGGCAGGAACUGGCUCUAUGCAGAGCCACUGUGCUAGAGACUAGGGCCAAGCUAAUGCUAAGAGGGGGACAGUUCGAUAUAGGAGAUGAUCUAAUUAGGAAGGCUGUUUUUAUUAGAACUUCAAUUUGUGGUGAAGAUCAUCCAGAUACAAUAUCUGCUCGUGAAACUCUGAGCAAACUGACCAGGCUUCUUGCAAAUGUUCAAAUUCAUACUUCAUCCUAGAUUCUAUAUUUCUUGUAAGCAUAGUUUACUCUAGAAUUAUACAAAGGUUGCAAAUAAAACUAUUGUAUACUUUUCGGAGGAAUUUUUUAUACCAUUUAACUCUCAAUUAGGUUCCCUUCCAUUUCUCA